UCAGAGGGACAGACAGACUUAGAUCCGUAUAAUAAAAGGUGGAUCUCUCUCAAGCGCUUCUGUGUGUUCCAAACGUUCGCAUAAAUUUAAUAUACCCCUUAGCACAAGUAGUGUAGAGUAUAAAAACUUACAAGUCAACAAUAAACAAGGGUCAUUAAUAUCUGACUAAAUUCAGUUAAAAUUUUAAGACAAUAUCUCUUGCCAGAAAUCAAUGGGCUUGCAUGCAUAGCUAUAACAAUAAAAAAUUAUAAAAGCCUAUAUAAUAUAAUAAAAGACACGUGCUUUUGGGACUUAUUUAUUGACAUGAUUGAUUUAUUUGACUGGACACUGCUUUAUUGCGUUGAUAAUUAGAAAUUAUUGCUUCUGGUUUUAUGCGUACGCCCGCGUAUGAGUACUUCACUUUAGGGGGUCAAUGGAGCGCCGGAGAUAAUGAAGAAAAUCGAAUAUCGCCAACAUGUCAUUUCAGCAAGACGGUCUGACCUUGUGAUAGUGGGCGCUCUCUAUCACAUUUCUUUUUUUUAUAUAAAAAAAAAACGGGGCAGGGGGAAACAGGAAACAAUAAUUCUAAGUAGGCUCCUACUACAAAAAAAAAUAAAAUAAAAAAUAAAAAAUCAAAUAUUAAAAUAUACAAUAAUAUGUGAGGCUAUCUCGAGUCCUUAUUGUCGUCGUUGCAUACAUUCGCGCAAAUUUAAUAUACCCUUUAACCACACGUGCUGUAAGGUAUAAUUAAUACACAUUCGCAAAAUCAUUGUUUCCAAGAAAAUGAAUCCGCUACUAGAGAAUCGCUUUCGCAAAAAUCGAAUGGUAAAUGAAAAUAUUUUUACCUACCAAUGACUUGAAAAGCUAAACUAUUUCCAUAUUCUGAUAAUUUAUGCAAACAAUUCAUUUUUUUUUUUUUUUUUCAUUGCAGAACUUUAAACUUUUCCUUCUUUUAAACGCUGCCAAUAACAAUCAUCAUCAAUUAUACUGUUUACAAUUUCUGCACGCAUUCGUUUAUUUUAUAAAUAUAAACGCGAUCUCAUCUAAGAAUAAAAAUAAGAAUUUGCUCGUGAACUACGACAAUAAAAAAUCAUUUCAAUAUAGUAAUUUACAUACGAUUACAAAUAGUAUGGGUCGUAAGAUAACCGUGGCCGUUUCAACUUUAAAUCAAUGGGCCCUCGAUUUCGAGGGUAACUUGGCUCGCAUAUUGCAAUCAAUUUUAGAGGCCAAAGACAUGGGUGCUAGCUAUCGCAGUGGGCCAGAAUUGGAAGUGAGUGGUUACAGUUGUGAAGAUCAUUUCCGCGAACCCGACACCUAUCUGCAUUCUUGGGAAGUUCUAUUAGAAAUUAUAAUGUCGCCGUUAUGUGAGAAUAUGUUAAUUGACGUUGGUAUGCCCGUAAUGCAUCGCAACGUAGCUUAUAAUUGUCGCGUGAUAUUUCUAAAUCGUAAAAUCCUAUUAAUACGACCCAAAAUGGCUAUGUGUGAUAGUGGUGAUUAUAGAGAAUCACGUUGGUUUACAGCCUGGACGAAGGCUUUCCAAACCGAGGAUCACUUUUUGCCACGCAUGAUUUCUCAGCACACAGGCCAAGAUGUGGUGCCUUUCGGCGAUGCCGUUAUUGCCACUAAAGACACAUGCAUAGGUUAUGAAAUAUGCGAAGAGCUAUGGACGAUAAAGAGCAAACAUAUCGAUAUGUCAUUGUCAGGCGUGGAAAUUAUGGUUAACGGCUCCGCAAGCUAUUGGGAAUUACGCAAGUCUCAUAUAUUAAGUGAUUUAAUAAGGACGGCAAGCUUUAAGGCUGGCGGCGCAUACCUAUACAGUAAUUUGCGCGGUUGUGAUGGGCAGCGCAUGUAUUUCCAAGGCUGCUCCAAUAUUGCGGUCAACGGUGAAAUAGUGGCGCGUGGUAAACAAUUUUCAUUGCAAGAUGUAGAAGUAACUUUAGCUACGAUCGAUUUAGAACAAAUAAGAUCCUAUCGCGUAUCGCAACGUUCACGUUGCCUUAUGUCCGAUUCAGCCCCUUCUUAUCCACGCAUCACAUGCGAUUUUGAAAUGUCCACGCAUAACGAUAUAUUCAAAAUAGCUAGCACACCUAUUCAAUGGCCACUUUAUUCCGCAGAAGAAGAAAUUGCCUUGGGGCCCGCAUGUUGGCUGUGGGAUUAUUUGCGCCGCUCCGGACAAGGUGGUUUCUUUUUACCUUUAUCGGGUGGGGUAGAUUCCAGCAGUUCGGCUACCAUUGUUCACUCGAUGUGCAGAUUAAUUUUUCAGGCAGUGCAAGCCGGGGACGCUCAGGUAUUACACGAUGUACGCAAAAUUUUGGCUGAUCAAGAGUAUACGCCUACUAAGCCGGCUGAUUUGUGCAAUCGUUUGUUGGUUACUUGUUUCAUGGGUAGCGUAAAUUCUAGCAUAGAAACAAAGCAACGUGCUUGCUCACUUGCUAAUCAAUUGGGCAGUCAUCACAUUGAUAUCAAUAUUGACACCGCUAUAAACGCUUUAUUGGGUAUAUUCAUAUCCAAAACCGCUCUUACGCCACUUUUUCGCAGUCAAGGCGGAUGUGCUCGUCAGAAUUUGGCUUUACAAAAUAUACAAUCCCGUAUACGGAUGGUGUUAGCCUACAUUUUUGCUCAAUUAAUGCUCUGGGUUAGAAAUCGUCCUGGCGGUUUGUUGGUAUUAGGUUCGGCUAAUGUGGAUGAAUCCCUAAGAGGUUAUUUCACUAAAUAUGACUGCUCAUCUGCCGAUAUAAAUCCCAUUGGGGGUAUAUCGAAAACUGAUUUAUGGAAAUUUUUAAAUUACGCUAAAGAUCAAUUUAAUUUACCCAUUUUGGAAUCAAUAAUAGAUGCUCCUCCCACUGCCGAAUUGGAACCAUUACAAGAUGGUCAACUAAUACAAACAGAUGAAGAAGAUAUGGGUAUGACUUAUGCCGAGCUAAACAAAUAUGGACGUUUGCGUAAACAGUCCUGUUGUGGCCCCUAUAGUAUGUUCUGUGAACUUGUAGCCACAUGGAAAUCGGAUCUUAGCCCUGCGGAAGUAGCUGAUAAAGUUAAACAUUUCUUUCGAUGUUACGCCAUUAAUCGCCAUAAAAUGACUGUUUUAACCCCUGCCGUGCAUGCGGAAAGCUAUAGUCCAGAUGAUAAUCGUUUCGAUCACCGGCCAUUCCUUUAUCGGGCCAACUGGAGUUGGCAAUUCAAAGCCAUCGAUAAUGAAGUGGAAAAAUUACAACCAUUUUAUACGCCCUGUUCUACGAACAUACGGCCCAGCAGCGAAGACAUAUUGCUUAGUCAUGGUGAUACCACUCAAAGAACCUCGCAUACUGAUUCUAAACAUUCAUCGCCAUUAUCUUCCCCCUCCAUGGAUGUUCCUGGUGCAAGCACAGCUGCACCCAUCACCACUACCAGUGCACUCGUUGGAACUGGAAGUGGAAGCUUAGGUAGCUUGCCCAAAAAGUCGAGCGGUUAUGCAAAAGUGCAUGUUAACGUAUUAGGUAAAAUUAAAGAUCGUACUGGUAUUCCAGUUUAAAGGAGAAUAAUCUAACAUAACGAAGGAAUUGAGGACUUAGGAACAUGCUGAGAAUCUUAAGAGAGCAAAAACACUUAAACAUAAAUACUUUUUUUAAUUAUCAAAACUAAACAACUCGCUAAGAACACAAAAAUCCUAUUAUCUGUUGACUCUUAUGAGAUCUCAACAAAUCCUCAAUAAAUGAUAAGCACAAGAUUUUCUUUUGUAAUCUUUAAUUUAAGCUCUGAUCAACGAAAAAGAAAAUUAAUAUUCACUUAGAGAAAAGUAAUUAAAACAUUUACUUUUAAUGAAUACGAAUGAAAGAAUUUUUUAUUUUUGAAACUUACUUCAUUUCUCAAGAAACAUAUUCUAAAAAUUUGGAACAAAGAAAAAGAUUUUACACAUUUUUUACACACAUAAUUAUAAUUAAUUAUCUUAGGUG